GGUUGUUGUAGCAACCAGAGCAUCCGCCUUUCGUGUAAUAAUCACAGCAAGGGGAAAUCGGAUGACUUAGUUCGUAUUUUAUAUGGAAUACGAGUUAAAUCAGUGACAUGGGCGGAUGUGUUUAUGCUGCAGUUAUCUUAUUUGUACUUUUUGCUAUCUUACCGUAGCUACUACGCACAUUUGAAUUGCCGAAAAACUGCAUUUCCCGUCCAGGACUAAUACCGAAGUUGUUCUGAAUUGUUGUCUAGCUACACUUUAUUCAACCAUGUCGGCGGUCAGUAGCCUUGUCCCCGCUCGAUUUCUCACCAUCAUAGCUCACCUCGUCAUCGUGAUCACAAUCUUUUGGUCGAGGGAAAAUAAUGUGAAAGCUUGUUUGCCUUUGGAUUUCACACAGGAGCAGUAUGACACUGAGGACAGACGGUUGGUGGUGGCGUUAUCAGUGACUCUCGGUCUGUUUGCUAUAGAGCUGGCUGGUUUCUUUUCAGGAGUGUCCAUGUUCAACUGCAGCCAAGGCCUCCUUUCAACAGGAGUCCAUGCCAGUGCCUCAGUGGCUCUGCUUUUCUUUCUGUUUGAGCAGUGGGAGUGUCACAUCUACUGGUGGAUCCUCGCCAUCUGCAGGUUGGUGUAUAAGCUUGCUCAAUGUUGUUGUGUUUUUCCAAAGUGCUUUUCCCUGACUCAUGUUUCAACCAGCACUGUCUGCCCACUGCAGCGCAUCAGUGUCUUUGUCUUUUUUUGUGUUUGAAAAGUGGGAAUGCUGGACUUACUGGGUUAUUUUUGCCACCUGCAGUGUUCUACCUGCUUUAGUGGAGAUUCUUCUGUUCAUAGCCGUUUUUGGACUGAAGAAAAAGCCUUUAUGAAAGAAAGUCCGGAUGUAAGAUGGUGCAAACCGAGUGUGGAUGUAGACAUCUGUCAGUUUGUUAAGAGAUAUACUGUAGCUACAGAAAAAGAGUGGAUACCAGACAUAUAUCGGUACAAAACACCAACAGUAAGGGAUGCAUAAAACACGCUUUUCAAAAUGUUUUUUAAUCUAUUUUUAUAUAUUUUGAAUAAAGUUGAUGCACCAUACGUUUUUACCUUAUGUCUAUUUUUUGUAUGUUGGAAUUAGAGUUUUUCGUUUAUAUAGUGUGUUUGUAUUGUUAGUUAGUCUGUAAAAGUAAAUAAAGCUUGUAAUUGUUUU